AUGGAUUUCCUAGACGAGCUUGAGUCCAUGGCUCAGGUUGCUAUCCAACAACCACAACAACUAGACGAGAUAGAUAGCGACGAUAUCAAGAGAUGGCAGUCGCUAUUUGGUUACACACAUGCCCAAGCUAUACAGAAGAUCCAAGAGCACAGGGCGGAUUUAUCUCGUGUCCUCGUUACGGACUCUCAUUGGGAUAUUGUGCGCGCCGAGAAAGAAGCAGAAGGCUACGACAAGGAGGCCUACGAGCACUCUCAUAGUCUCAUGGCAUCCCUUACGUCCAACUCGAGGCCCCAAAAGAUUCCUAUUCCUAACAAAACUAGACCAUCGGUCUAUCUUCUUAAGCUCGAAGGACCUCUCGAUAACGUAUUCCAAGUGCAAUCAGUUGCCGGUCUCGACAUAGCACCACAAGAACAUAAAGGCACAGACGACUCGGGCGAGCCCACAAGCUUCUGCAAAGUUGACGCAGACACCAAGCAAAAACUUCUCGACUUCAUCGCCGACCAGGGAUCAAUAUUCCAACCUACGUUUAUCCGGUACUCGAGGGCAGACAAGGAUUUAUCUACAAAGUCGGCAUAUCCGACCCUCGGCAUCGACACGACUAUGCCUCAGCAUCGCCUCUGCUCCAACGACGACCCGAAGCUGGUUCCGGCACAGAACCAAUACCCGGUGUGGUACUUCUUCUACGGGACCCUUGCGGACCCGUCGGUCUUGAAGCGACUGUUGAAUAUCAAUAUCGACCCGUCGUACUGUCCUGCAAGCGUAGUAGGCGGUGUUUUGAAGACGUGGGGUGGAAAGUACAAGGCAUUGGUUGAUGCGCCAAACAACAAAGCAGUACAAGGCCAGGCAUUCCUCGUAAAAGACCAGGAGCAGGAGGAAUGUCUCCAGCUAUACGAGACCGACAAGUACGACGUGGUCCGAUGUGAAAUUCAGCUUCGCGGUAAGAAAGUAAAGGGGCUUACAUUUCGAUUUAUCGGCGAUGUCGAUCCGUAG